CGUCAUCUAGGCUAGGCUCCCCUCCCUCCUCCUCUCUCCCCCCCCUCGGGAAGAGGCUGUUCCCACACCCCUCCUCCGCUCGCGGCUCCUCCCCGCGCCGGCUGUUCCGCUGCCAGGCGCCUCUCCGCCCUCCGCGGUGCUCUGGACCCAAGAUGGCCGCCGUGUCAGUUUGGGUCUUCGCCGCCGUCCGGCCUCAGGCUCCUGGGCUCCGCCUCUCGUAGGCCCCGGCUUACCAUUCCACCUUCUUGCGUGUCAGAUUGGGGACGUAAAGAGCUGUAGUGAGAUGUGCUGAACUGUUUUGGGGAUUUAUUGGAAAAUAUGAAUUGGUCCCUAACAGGAUAUAUAAUUUUUUUGAGUGGAAAGUAGGAAAUCUCAUGUUUGAAAAAGGAAUUUGGGGCAAACAACGUGUAUGCUAUGGUUAACUGGCCCCCAUUCUCCGAUCAUCUGUUUUCUCAUUGUGUGAAACUCCUUCAGUAUAGGGAUAAGGGAUAACGACUCUAUGGAUAUACAGAAUUUUUCACCAUGGUAAAACUCGCUAACCCGCUGUACACUGAGUGGAUUUUGGAGGCAAUUAAAAAGGUCAAGAAGCAAAAACAGCGCCCUUCGGAAGAGAGGAUAUGCAAUGCUGUGUCUUCGUCUCAUGGUUUGGACCGCAAAACAGUUCUGGAGCAAUUGGAACUGAGUGUUAAAGAUGGAACCAUUUUAAAAGUUUCCAAUAAGGGACUUAAUUCCUAUAAGGAUCCUGAUAAUCCUGGGCGAAUAGCACUUCCUAAACCACGAAACCAUGGAAAGUUGGAUGGUAAACCAAACGUGGACUGGAAUAAGCUGAUUAAACGGGCAAUUGAGGGCUUGGCAGAGUCCAGUGGCUCAUCCUUGAAGAACAUUGAACGCUUUUUGAAAGGCCAAAAGGAUGUGUCAGCUGUGUUUGCAAGCAGUGCCCCUUCUGCCUUUCACCAGCAAUUGCGAUUGGCUGUCAAGCGGGCUGUUGGCCAUGGCCGACUCCUUAAAGAUGGACCUCUGUACCAGCUCAAUACUAAAGCAGCCACAAAUGCAGAUGGGAAAGAGAGCUUUGAGUCUCUUUCUUGUCUUCCUCCAGUAUCGCUCCUUCCACAUGAAAAAGAUAAGCCAGUUGCUGAACCAAUCCCAAUCUGCAGUUUCUGCCUUGGUACAAAAGAACAUAACCGAGAAAAGAAACCCGAGGAGCUCAUCUCUUGUGCUGAUUGCGGCAAUAGUGGUCAUCCAUCCUGCCUGAAGUUCUCUCCGGAGUUGACAGUUCGGGUGAAGGCCUUACGAUGGCAGUGCAUUGAGUGCAAAACAUGCAGUUCCUGUCGAGAUCAGGGCAAGAAUGCUGAUAAUAUGCUCUUUUGUGACUCAUGUGAUCGGGGCUUUCACAUGGAAUGUUGUGACCCCCCUCUGACCAGGAUGCCAAAAGGCAUGUGGAUAUGUCAGAUAUGUCGGCCACGUAAAAAAGGAAGAAAACUUCUACACAAGAAGGCAGCACAGAUUAAGCGGCGUUAUGCCAACCCAAUAGGACGUCCCAAAAACCGAUUAAAGAACCAAAAUGCAACAUCAAAAGCCCCCUUCAGCAAAGUUCAGACAGGACCUGGUCGAGGUCGUAAGCGCAAGACUCCCCUAUCCAACCAGUCAACCUGUUCAUCAGAAGGGGGUUAUUUGGAGCAAGUUGAUGGCCUGGAAUUCUGCAGAGGCGCCAGCACUACCUUGAAACUCAAUAAGAAAACCAAAGGGCUCAUUGAUGGCCUUACCAAAUUCUUCACCCCAUCCCCUGAUGGGCGUAAAGCUCGAGGAGAAGUGGUGGAUUACUCUCAGCAAUAUAGGAUUAGGAGAAAGGACAACAGGAAAUCAAGCACUUCAGACUGGCCUACAGACAAUCAGGAUGGCUGGGAUGGAAAACAGGAAAAUGAAGAAUGGCUUCUUGGAGGUCCAGAUGUCAUGACUGAGAAAGAUAUGGAGUUGUUCAGAGAUAUUCAGGAGCAAGCACUGCAGAAAGUAGGGGUGACAGGAUCCCCUGAUCCACAAGUCCGCUGUCCAUCAGUCAUCGAGUUCGGGAAAUAUGAAAUCCACACCUGGUAUUCUUCUCCAUACCCACAAGAAUAUUCCAGGCUGCCUAAGCUGUACAUUUGUGAAUUCUGUCUCAAGUAUAUGAAAAGCAGAACUAUCCUCCAGCAGCACAUGAAGAAGUGUGGUUGGUUUCAUCCUCCAGCCAAUGAAAUUUACCGGAAGAGCAACGUUUCAGUCUUUGAGGUGGAUGGCAACGUCAGUACCAUUUACUGCCAGAACUUGUGUCUAUUGGCAAAACUCUUCCUGGAUCAUAAGACACUCUAUUAUGAUGUGGAGCCAUUUCUUUUCUAUGUGCUGACGCAAAAUGACAUGAAGGGCUGCCAUCUUGUUGGCUAUUUCUCCAAGGAGAAGCAUUGCCAGCAGAAAUACAACGUUUCCUGCAUAAUGAUUCUUCCCCAAUACCAGCGCAAGGGCUAUGGCAGGUUCCUCAUUGACUUCAGUUAUCUCCUAUCUAAACGUGAAGGUCAAGCAGGAUCCCCAGAGAAGCCGUUAUCUGAUUUGGGUCGUCUCUCUUACAUGGCUUAUUGGAAAAGCGUAAUCUUGGAGUGCCUUUAUCACCAAAAUGACAAGCAGAUCAGCAUCAAGAAGCUAAGCAAACUGACAGGCAUCUGCCCCCAAGACAUCACUUCAACCCUGCACCACCUGCGAAUGCUUGAUUUCCGAAAUGAUCAAUUUGUGAUUGUUCGGCGGGAGAAACUUAUCCAAGACCAUAUGUCAAAGCUGGAACUGAAUAUCCGGCCUGUAGCUGUGGAUCCAGAAUGUCUACGCUGGACUCCUGUCAUUGUCUCAAACUCUGUGGUUUCGGAGGAUGAAGAAGAAGAAGAUGAAGAUGAUGAUGAAGAAGAAGAAGAAGCUGAAGAAGGGGAAAAUGAAGAGCGGCAGCAGCAAAAGGAGAGAGAGGUGGAGGUGAUUAAAUCUGUACCCUGGGAGAAAAAAGAGAGACAGUCUUACUUUCCUCUGGAGAGUGAAAAAAAGCCAGAUGUUGUCACUCCAGCCAACUCUCUGCGGCCUAACAAGCAAAGUCUUCCCCUGGCUGGUCUUCCUGCAAACAGCCAGACGCCACGUAGGGGCCGAUGGAGUCGGAAGAACAAGAAGCUGCGGGAGUCCUUCACCGAGAAGGAUUCGAAACUGCUUUUAGAGGAGAAGUCAGCAAUGGCCAGGGGAGGGCGCUGUGGGGAGUGUCAGGAGAAAGCAGCCGCCGCCGCUGCUGCUGCUGCUGCCGCCGCCGCCUCUCGAGGGAGGUUUGGGGAGAGUGAAGAGAGAACCGCUUCCUCCCAGGGACAAUGUGGCAAAUGUGAGGAAAAGUCCCCAGCUCCCAGGGGCCACUUUGGUAAAGAUGAGGAAAAAUGUGCCAUCUCCCACGGGCAAUACGGCAACGGGGAAAAGCCCUCAGUGACCCAGAGGCGUUACAGCGAAGGCAUGGAAGUGUGGCGAGGUCAGCUGAAGACCCUUGAGCCCCUCCAAAGCAGAAUCUCUGAGGAAUGUGAAAGGAUAUGCCGGCGACACAGCGAGGGCGACAGGACACUGCUGAGGCACUUCAGUGAGAGUAGUGAAGAGGAGGAGGAGGAGCCUGUCAGCCCCUGCUCCAGUUCCCCACCAGUUCUCACCAAGCCCACCUUGAAGCGAAAGAAGCCCAUUCCCCGGAAAAGGCGGGUCCGUAAGCGCAAAUAUCACAACAGCAGCGUUGUGACAGAAACCAUCUCUGAAACAACUGAGGUCCUGGAUGAGCCUUUUGAGGACUCCGAUUCCGAAAGGCCCAUGCCUCAACUGGAACCCACUUUUGAGAUGGAGGACGAGGAGGAUGAGGAAGAAAGUGAGCUGUUCCCUAGAGGAUAUCUUCGCCACCUCUCUCCACAGGGCUCCCUCAGGCACAGGCCCUCCUCAAAGAGAGGAUCUCAGGGUGGAGAGGAGUCGGAUGAUGCCACUGGCUCUCCUACCUUGAAACCAGUUUCAGUGCUGAGAAAAUGUGAAGUGAAAGAUUCUCCACUCCAGCCAGACACAUCCACCCCCAUGAAAAAGAAGAAGGGCUGGCCCAAGGGCAAAAGCCGCAAGCCCAUCCACUGGAAGAAAAGGCCUGGCCGCAAGCCCGGCUUCAAACUGAAGAAGGGGAAGGCCUUAGCAGCUGCCUCAGAAGAGGCAGCUGAUCCUGUGGAAGCCGCUUUGAAACCAGGUCGCAAAGCAAAAGUUGAGGAGAAGGAAGAGCCUGUUGAGCAGAAGGAAGAACUUCCUGUCGUAGAAGAAAGGAAAGAAGAAGAUGGGCCUCCAGAAGUAGGAGACCUGGGAGAGGAAGAGGAAGAUGCACCUGCCAUUGAAGCGAGAGUGGCUUCUCCCUUGGAUAGCAGCAACAGCCCGGCAGCAGAAGUGAAGGAGCCUGAAACUGAGGAAGAGGUCGAGAAGCCACAGAGCCUAGAAGAGCAGAGGCAGUCAGAAGAAGAGCAGCAAGAGGCGGAAGAACCUGAGCGUGACCAGGAAGAGGAAGAGGAGGAAGUUGCAGCUGUGGCAAACCAGAAUGAAGACCAUGAUGCAGAUGAUGAAGAAGAUGAUGGGCACGUGGAGCCUCCCAAGAAGAAUGAACUGGAAGAUGAGGCAGCAAAAGAGGGGCUGAAGGAAGAGUCUGAUGUUCAGGAGCCUUUUUUAGAAACAAGCACACAGGACAGUAGAGAAGAAGAUUUAAAGGACAAGAGUGAGGGAGAGGCGGAUUCUGAGGAAGAACAAGCAUCCCAUGAGACAUCGGUGGGGUCGGAUCCCAUUCCUGGUUCUGAAGAUGAUCAAGAAGAGCAGCAUGCUAAGGAAGGAUUAAUUGAGCUAAAGGAAGAGGAGCCAAUCCCUCACAGUGAACUGGAUCUUGAAACUGUCCAAGCAGUCCAGUCCUUGACGCAGGAGGAAGAGAACAACGAGCAUGAUGUGGCUUACCAGGAUUGUGAGGAGACCCUGGCAGCCUGUCAGAACCUGCAGAGCUACACCCAAGCUGAAGAAGAUCCUCAGAUGUCAAUGGUUGAAGACUGCCAGGCCUCGGAACAUAACAGCCCCAUCUCCUCUGUCCAGUCCCACCCCAGCCAGUCCGUGCGCUCUGUCAGCAGCCCCAGUGUGCCCAGUGCUCUGGAGAGUAGCUAUACCCAGAUAAGUCCAGAGCAAGGCUCUCUUUCCGCACCUUCUAUGCAGAACAUGGAGACCAGCCCCAUGAUGGAUGUGCCUUCCGUAUCAGACCAUUCUCAACAGGUGGUGGACAGUGGUUUUAGUGACCUUGGCAGCAUCGAGAGCACAACGGAGAACUAUGAGAAUCCCAGUAGCUACGACUCGACCAUGGGGGGCAGCAUCUGUGGCAACAACUCAUCACAGAGCAGCUGUUCCUACGGCGGGUUGUCGUCCUCCAGCAGCCUCACCCAGAACAGUUGUGUCGUUACCCAGCAAAUAGCCAGCAUGGGCAGCAGCUGCAGCAUGAUGCCCCAGGGCAACGUCCAGCCCGCCACAAACUGCAAUAUCAAGUCCCCGCAGAGCUGCGUGGUGGAAAGGCCUCCGAGUAACCAGCAGCCGGCAGCACAGCCCCCGCAGCCACAGGCCCAGCAGCCUCAGCCCCCACCUCCAGCGCAGCAGCAGCAGCAGCAGCAGCAGCAGCCGCCUUCGUUGUCUCAGUGUAGCAUGAACAAUAGCUUCACUCCAGCACCGAUGAUAAUGGAAAUCCCCGAAUCUGGUGGCACUGGCAACAUAAGCAUCUAUGAAAGGAUUCCUGGGGAUUUUGGUGCCGGCGGCUACUCCCAGCCAUCAGCCACCUUCAGCUUAGCCAAGUUGCAGCAGCUGACUAACACCAUUAUGGACCCUCAUGCCAUGCCUUACAGCCAUUCUCCUGCUGUGACUUCCUAUGCAACCAGCGUGUCUUUGUCCAAUACAGGCCUGGCUCAAUUGGCUCCAUCUCACCCAUUGGCCGGGACGCCCCAAGCACAAGCCACCAUGACACCCCCGCCAAACCUGGCAUCCACCACCAUGAACCUCACCUCGCCCCUCCUCCAGUGUAACAUGUCUACCGCCAACAUCGGUAUCCCCCACACCCAAAGGCUGCAGGGGCAGAUGCCCGUCAAGGGACACAUUUCCAUCCGCUCCAAAUCGGCCCCCCUGCCCUCGGCAGCUGCUCACCAGCAGCAGCUCUAUGGCCGCAGCCCUCCCGCAGUUGCCAUGCAGGCAGGCCCCCGGGCAUUAGCUGUUCAGCGUGGCAUGAUGCCAACUGCCCAACUGAUGCCAACCGCCCCUUACAAUGUCAACUCCAUGAAUAUGAACACCCUGAACGCUAUGAACAGCUACCGGAUGACCCAGCCCAUGAUGAACAGCAGUUACCAUAGCAACCCUGCCUACAUGAACCAGACAGCCCAGUAUCCUAUGCAGAUGCAAAUGGGAAUGAUGGGGAGCCAGGCCUAUCCCCAGCAGCCUAUGCAGCCAAACCCUCAUGGGAACAUGAUGUACACUGGCCCCUCCCAUCACAGCUACAUGAACGCUGCCGGGGUGCCCAAGCAGUCUCUCAACGGACCCUACAUGAGAAGAUGAGCAAGCAGAAGCCUUGCCGUCUUUAAAGAACUCGCCCACUGCGAUCUCUCUAUAAAUAAAGGAACCUUUUAUACUGACAAACCAGAGACGAUGGACCUUUUUCCAGUUAAAAUAUUGCUGUAGAUCUUAGAUGGGGUUUUGUUCCCUUUUGGUUUAUUUUUAUUUUAUUUUUAGGGGGCCUGGUCUUUAUUCUUUUCACGUUUUGUGGGGUUCUUUUGUUUUAGGUCUGUCUUUUCCUUCACAAACCUAAAACACUUCACAGUUCAAAUCCAUUUUUAAAAUGGGGUUUGGGUUUAUUUUAUUUUUUUUCCAGGGAGGGGAUUGAAAAUGUGCACAAAAUCUUUCCAUAAUUUAACAAAGUGUCUUACUUUGCUGAACAUCCAGGCAGAGUGUUUCACACGGUUGUAUUCUCUUGUUUUCAGACACCAUAUUCUUUCUCCCCUCCCCCCCUUUGUCCCUUGUGCACAGCUCCUAAGAUGGCCCUAUCUCUAAAGGUCAGCCCCUUCCUUACCUUCUCUUCCCUACUUCAGGCCCAACUGCAGGCUGAGACGUGGUGACUAAGGAUGGGAUAUUGAGCCCAAAACAAGCUUUCUGAUCCUCUUCAGCCAUUCCCCCAGAAAUAGGAACUCAGAACGGUUUAUUCUCCUCCUCCCUCCCCCCCCGCCCCCGAACUGAAAUACAGUUGAAUUGUGACUUUAAAGGCGCACCCAUCACAUGCAUCCCAGACAGUCUGGCCUGGCAGCAGCAUCUUAACAAAGUGGUACAGGUAGCCUUAAAGGGGGUUGGGAGAUGUAGAGCUCAAUGAACAAUGCAGCCGGAAAUCUGACAGCUGAAUCUUUGAAGACGGCUCUUGACCCACCCCACCCCAGCCUCGAAGCUAGAAUGUACAUUUAAAGGGCUGUCAACAGCCCUUCACAUUCUUUCAUUCUUGGUAGGGAGAGAAUGCCGAGUUUAUGCCUCUUUCCUCCCCACCCCCCCAGUUUGCAUCAGAGAGUUCUAGUAUCUUGCAAAAAUUCAUCAAGUGUGGUGUUUUCUCACCUGUGUACAGCUAAGGGGGCAGAGGCGUGAACAUCGGGGAGGUAGAGGGGGCAGGGCAAGUCCAUGCAGUGCAAUCCAUCUUGUCACAAUGUAAAGGGAUGCCAGGCCUGUGGGCACACCAUCAAUUAACUUCAAGGAGGGGAAAAUGUAGCUUAUCCCUCUAAUGUAAAGUUCUCUGUAUAUUCCUGUAGAGCUACAAAUGCACUUAGAUUGACUUAGAUGUGUAAAGAUUUUUUUUUCAAAGAAACCUGAAAAGCAGUUGUGGAGGGGGGAGGGGGGUUCAACUGCACUAAAAUGGACUUCCUCUAUACUGUUGAGUGUAAAAGCAGAAUCCCAAGGGCUUCCAGCCCUCUUUUCUGUUAGUUCUUGAGCAUGUGUACAAGGCUGUGUAGGACCCAUGUCCCUGUAUAUAUCUAUGAAUCCAGGCUCACCUCAUCUGUGUCGAAAGACCACUCUGGCUGCCUCCUCCUUCCCUGAGCUGGCGAUGCUUCCUGGUUGCAGGUGGGCUGAGGGGGUAUGUAGGUAUGUUGGGGUGUCAAAAGCAAAGCUGUUGGCACAAGGGCCGUGAAAUGUUAUUCUUAACUUUUUUUUGUCUGCUGUUACUUUUUUCGGUUUUGGGUUUUUUUGUAUGGUUUUUUAAAAUCAAUUGGGCAGCUCCCCUUUUUUCCACAAACCUUUGUGACUGUAGAACUAUUGUAGAGAACCAAUGUUCUUUUCUAUAUUAUAAAAAAGAAAUAUCCGACACAGUAAUAUUGGUACCUGUCAUUUUUUUUUCAACUUCUGUUUAAGAAAUAAUAAUAAUAAUAAUGUAUUUUUAGCAAAAUAAACUUGGGUAAUCUUCUAAAAGAAAUUUAAAAAAAACUCACUGUUAGUGACUUUGAUGCCUUUUAAAAAAAAAGAGCUUUUUCAUUUCAUUCCAUCUUUAAAAUUUUUUAUCUUUGUUGUAGAAUAUUAAAGACUAUUUUAAGAAAGAUAAAAAUUCUCUUUAAAGAGAUCUCUAGAGUGUGUGACUAGAGUUCCAGAUGCCUCUAAAGCAGCAUGUACAAAAUGAAGCCGCGUCUAUUCCUGUCUGUUUAUAUUUGCUUUUCCUGUUUUGUAACUUCUUUGUACUUUGUUCUUGGUGACUUGUAAGCUUAAAAAGGGGAAGGGGUGCCUGGAAGAUGAUGAUAACCCUUUGUAAUUCUCCAUGUCAUGCGCUCCUGGGCCGGCCGGCCUCCCUUCCUCUCCUUGUAUGUAAUAUCACUUUUUCCCUCCCCCCCUUUCUAGCAAGUACUUUCAAAAGAACUCUGUACAUUUUAACAUAAAAAAAAUAAAUUAUGUU